AUGAAGGACCCUAAACCCCGAGUCAUCCUUCUCCUCACGUACCCGCGUACGGCAUCGAACCUGCUCACCCACACUCUGUCACUCGAUCGGCAACCUAAUACCAUUUCGCCCUGGAGUGGAGGUUACUUCUUCCGGCCCGUGGUCGUCAAUAACACGCUCCCCUACCCGGGCAAACAUGUUCAAACCUGGACAAAGGCGCAGCGGGCCCACGCCGCCCACGUCUACCAGUCCUGUUACGAUGACCUGUGCCUGUGGAUCGACAAGGCACGAGCCGAGAACAAAACUCUCUUCCUCAAGGAGCAUAUCCGGUUCAUGGUGGACCCGACAGCUCUGAGUGCAUUCAUGCACGGAGACGGUACGGUGUUUGAGGCACCGUGGACGGUGCGAAGUCCCCGAGACGGGUCCAAAGAGACUCACUCCCCCAGGAAUAUAACAAUACUUCCCGAUCGAGUCUUGGCAGAAGCGCGUCACAUCUUUCUCAUUCGACAUCCAGCCCUCACGGUUCCGUCGUAUUACCGGGCCUUUGUGGAUCUACACGGCCCGGAAGCUGUGAUAAAAGAGGAAGCUAGGUUGAUGGCCCACGUCACUCUAUAUUGGACACGCUGUGUCUAUGACUGGCUACAGUCCAUACAGGCCAGCUCUGAUAUGGUCCAGCCCAUGAUACUAGACGGGGAUGAUUUCAUCACAAACCCGCAGUUGUUGACGGAGGUGUGUGAAUUCACGGGAAUGGAUAGCUCGAAGCUGCAGUUUGAGUGGGCGCCGGCGACCGAGGCGGAACUUGAUCAGCUUCCAGAUACGACGAUGAGGAGAAUGCGAGGGACGCUCUUCACCUCUUCGGGCGUUAUGAAGGAGAAGGCUUGGAACGGCAACCGCUGUAUUAGGGAAGAAGCGCACAAGUGGAGGGAUGAAUUCGGAGACCACGGAGCGGAGUGGAUUCAGAAAUGGGUUUGGAAGUCAAUGCCAGAUUAUGAGUUUCUCAAAGCAAGGAGGUUUCUGGGCAAAGCUUGA